AUGCCUGCUCCAAGAUCUAUUUUGUUUGUAACUGGAAACAAACACAAGCUUGCUGAUGUUACCAGCAUUCUUGGCAGCGAGUUUGAAAUCAAAAAUCACAGUUAUGAUUUGCCUGAAAUACAGGGAAGUCUCCAAGAUAUAGUUACAGAAAAGUGCAAGGCUGCUGCUGAAAUCGUUCAAGGUCCUGUAUUGACAGAAGAUACAUGGCUUUCUUACAACGCUAUGAACGACCUUCCUGGGCCUUAUAUUAAAUGGUUUUUGAACAGCAUUGGCUGUGAUGGCCUGUAUCAUAUGUUGGAUGGCUUUUCUACCAAAGAAGCCAAAGCUGGCUGUACCUUUGGCUAUACCGAAGGACCCGGAAAGCCUAUCCACAUGUUUGAUGGUAUCUUACACGGUGAAGUUGUCGCUCCUCGAGGUGAUAAGGGUUUUGGUUGGAAUGCGAUUUUCCAGCCCAAUGGUCAUGAAAAGACUUAUGCAGAGAUGGAUGACGAUGAAAGAAAUGCCUGUAGCCAUCGUUUCCUUGCUGCUAUGAAGCUCCGUGACUUCUUACAGUCCCAGUUCUAA